CAGAGCUAGUUCCCGUAUAAUAGGACGCGCGCCAAGCCGUUUUGCGAUUCUUUCCUGUGACGGCGUUUUCUCCCCCGUUGAGCGACAGAGAGGAUUAGCGGUUGAUUUUCGAGCGGUUUUUAUCACAGGAUCAGUGACGAAGGUGUUUCAGGGGCGUUGGGGGAUUUGUUUCGAGUUGCAUCGAUUUUUGGUUGUUGUUUCACUUGAGAGCUUGACGAUGACUUUUCAUGGAGGAGAUUCGUAUACGCAGUCUUGUGUUUCCGCUCAAGGUCGUGGAAGAGAUGAUCUGUAUAUGGAGCUAUGGAGGGCUUGUGCAGGUCCACUGGUUGAUAUACCUCGAGUUGAUGAGAAAGUCUUCUAUUUCCCUCAGGGGCAUAUGGAACAAUUAGAGGCAUCGACGAAUCUGGAGCUGAAUAAGAGAAUUCCUCUGUUUAAUCUUUCCUCGAAGAUUCUCUGUCGCGUGAUUUAUAUAGAGCCGCGGGCAGAUCAUGAAUCGGAUGAGGUUUAUGCGCAAAUAACUUUGUUGCCGGAAGCAAAUCAAAGUGAGCCUAGAAGUUUAGAUCCAUGCCCUCCUGAACCUGUCAAACCAGUUGUUCACUCGUUCUGUAAGGUUUUAACUGCUUCUGAUACCAGCACUCAUGGUGGGUUUUCUGUCCUCCGAAAACAUGCGAACGAGUGCUUACCUCCUUUGGACAUGACUCAGGCUACACCAACUCAGGAUCUGGUCGCCAAGGAUCUUCAUGGAUAUGAGUGGCGAUUUAAACAUAUUUUUAGAGGUCAGCCACGAAGGCACCUGUUAACGACGGGGUGGAGUACAUUUGUUACAUCUAAAAGAUUAACUGCUGGAGAUUCCUUUGUAUUCUUGAGGGGAGACAAUGGACAGUUGCGUGUUGGGGUGAGGCGUCGUGCUCAACAGCAAAGCAGCAUGCCACCAUCUGUGAUAUCGAGUCAGAGCAUGCACCUAGGAGUGCUCGCAACUGCAUCUCAUGCUGUUACAACCCAAACCCGUUUUGUAGUCUAUUAUAAACCUAGGACUUGUCAGUUCAUAAUAAGUCUGAAUAAAUACUUGGAAGCAGUCAAUUAUAAAUUUUCUCUUGGCAUGAGAUUCAACAUGCGUUUUGAGGGAGAGGAUUCUCCAGAGAGAAGGUUUUCAGGAACUAUAAUUGGAGCUGGAGAUAUUUCACCUCAUUGGGCCAAUUCAAGCUGGAGAUCACUAAGAGUUCAAUGGGAUGAGCAAACAUCUAUUCUAAGACCUGACAGGGUUUCGCCUUGGGAUAUAGAACCACUCACGUCUUCAGCGGUCUCAAGUUUGUCUCAACCCGUUUCAAAAAACAAAAGGCCUCGACAAUCAACUGAAACUCCAGCUCAUGAUGGUGCUGAUUUGACUAAGUCAGCACAUUGGGAUUCUGGAUUGGCACAAUCUCAUGAUGGUAAACAGUGCGGUAAUGCAACUGAGAGCAGAAAAGGUGAAAAUAAUGAACUGUGUCAUCAUAGUGAGAUAGAUACUAUCAGCAACAGUACAUGUGUCUCAAGAACACCGACUGAUGGGACCUGGCUAUUUUCUACCCAAUCCAAUGGUUAUAAAGACCCAGUAAAUGACACAGCACAGGAUUAUAAAACUGUACCUGUCUGUGGUUGGUCUAUUCUGUCAGGACCUUCAAAGGUAAGUGAUGAUCAAAUACUUGAUCCCACUGAAAAUGGGUGGAAAGGCGAAACUGUAGCUAGUUGUAGAUUGUUUGGCAUUGAUCUCAAUCAUUUUGCUAAACUUCCUGCUGAGAAAGCAUCUUCUCAACCGAGCAGUAUGUCUAGUGACACAGAUGGGCGCAUCAGCACCUUGUCAUUGGCUCAGUCCGAUUCAAAAUCUGACAACAUAGAGGCCUCUAUAGAAAGAAAGUUAGAGCCAUUACAAGCAUCUCUGAAGGAGACUCAAAGUAGCUCAACUAACACUAGAAGCCGCACCAAGGUUCACAUGCAUGGAAUGGCCGUGGGUAGGGCAGUAGACUUAACCAUCUUAGAAGGCUAUGACCAAUUAAUAGAUGAACUUGAGAAGAUGUUUGAUGUCAGGGGACAGCUGUCUGCACGAGGUAAGUGGGAGAUUGUAUAUACUGACGAUGAAGGGGAUAUGAUGCUUGUUGGAGACGAUCCAUGGGAAGAAUUCUGUAACAUGGUGAGAAGAAUUUUUAUAUGCUCUAGGGAGCAAGUGAAAAAGAUGAGCUCAGGAAGCAAGCAGCUGGCGUCAAUAGAAGUUGAAGGGGCAGUAGUAAUCCCCGACUCCCCUGCAAUUUGAGAUAGGAACUUAAUUUUUGUUAUUCAAACUCUACGUCAGAUGUCUUUCCCUUGUUUGUUUGUUUUGUUAGAGCUUGUUGUGGUUUUGGGUCUAUAAUAAAUCAUAAAAUUGAAAGAGGGGCAAACGAAGGGCUGUUUAUGUGACGGCACAUUUUUUAGAGCCAAUUAGAAGCCAAGCUGGAUUUUUGCUAACAUGAAAAUCUAAAUAGGCGCCAAAGGAGUGCGAUGGGAUGGUCGGAAUAAUGCAUUAUAUCAUAGAGACUUGGCUUCUGGAGGUGGGAUGAGUUUGUGUGAGUCAUUUCCUUUCUUUCCUGAUCAAUGUAAAUAUGUCUUUUCUAGACUUCAAUCAUUUUAUUCAAGGCAGAAGACUGGAAGCAUCAUAUGAUGCUUAAGCUUCAAGAAAGGUUCAUUUUACUCGUGUUUUAACUUGCAUGAGAUGCUUACACCAUAUGCACACACAAACCCAACACUAGAACCUUUUAUUUCCGUACAUAUUUGAAUUCCAUAUUCAUUGGUUAUUGCAAUGAAGGGAAGGGGGCCAGGAAAGUGUUCGUUCUACCUGGCAAUUUUCAAGUACUAGCUCUUCACAUUCUGAUCUUUAACAGGACUAUUUUGGCUGUCUGAAGAUCACAAUGCCUGGCCAACUUUUGAUUACAAUGGGGAGGUUUCAAAAUGCUUGUUUGUUAUAUAUAAAUUUAUAUGAUUAUGGUGGACAGCUGAUUCUUCACGUAUUUGUCCAUUUAAACUCUGCCUGUGAUUCCAAUGCAAGGUCUGAUCAAUGCCUUUAGCAUAUACUCUGACUUGAUCCUAUCUGUUGUUGCAGCUGCGGAUGUUGGAGUGAAUAUGAUACCAUCUCUGCAGUCUGGUUAGAAGCCAGGGGAAGUUCCAAUGAGGCAGCCAGUGGCGGAGGCGGAGGCGGGGGCGGCGUUAGUUGUGGCGGUACAAGAACGGGCGGGUCAGAACAUCGGGUUGUUGGGAUAACUGAGCAUCUACAAAGAGGGCAAGUUGAGUUGGAGGCGAGCCAGAGAUUCAUGCAGUCAAUAUGAAACACAUGUUUGCAUGAUGGGACUUGCAACAAUUCCUCUUUUAUCUCGAAUUCUCCCAAGCAGACGCAGCACCUGAUAUUAAGUAGAUAAGAAAGUUAUUGCUUUUUCUUUUGAGUUAGUGUUGAUUUUGAUUUGCAACCCCACAUAUCCUGAGAACAGUAUGAUCUCGACUUAAAGUCCGAAUCUUUCUCUCACCCUAAUCGGAGAUUAUCACAGGUCAAAGAGCAAGAUAAAACUGUAACAGCCAAAGCCUACUACUAGUAGAUAUUAUCUUUUUUGA